AUGUAUCUGCCACACUUGUACAGCGGCUCGGACAGUAACUUGUACAGUGGCUCGGACAGUAAUUUGUACCGUGGCUCGGACAGUAACUUGAACAGUGGCUCGGACAGUAACUUGGACAGCGGCUCGGACAGUAACUUGGACAGCGGCUCGGACAGUAACUUGGACAGUAACUUGGACAGCGGCUCGGACAGUAACUUGGACAGCAGCUCGGACAGUAACUUGGACAGUGGCUCGGACAUUAAUUUGUAUCGUGGCUUGAACAGUAACUUGAACAGCGGCUUGGACAGUAAUUUGUACCGUGGCUCGGACAGUAACUUGAACAGCGGCUCGGACAGUUACUUGGACAGCGGCUCGGACAGUAACUUGGACAGCGGCUCUGACAGUAACUUGGACAGUGGCUCUGACAGUUACUUGGACAUUUGCUCUGACAGUAACUUGUACCGUGGCUCUGACAGUAAUUUGUACCGUGUCUCGGAAAGUAACUUGUACACUGGCUCGGACAGUAACUUGGACAGUGGCUCGGAUAGUAACUUGUACAGCGGCUCUGACAGUAACUUGUACAGUGGCUCGGACAGUAACUUGUACAGUGCCUCGGACAGUAACUUGGACAGUGGCUCUGACAGUAACUUGGACAGUGGCUCGGAUAGUAACUUGGACAGUGGCUCGGAUAGUAACUUGGACAGUAGCUCUGACAGUAACUUGUACAGUGGCUCUGACAGUAACUUGCACAGUGGCUCUGGCAGUAACUUGGACAGUGGCUCGGAAAGUAACUUGUACAGUGGCUCUGACAGUAACUUGUACAGUGGCUCGGACAGUAACUUGUACCGUGGCUCUGACAGUAACUUGUACAGUGGCUCUGACAGUAACUUGGACAGUGGCUCGGACAGUAACUUGGACAGUGGCUCGGACAGUAAUUUGUACCGUGGCUCGGACAGUAACUUGAACAGCGGCUCGGACAGUAACUUGGACAGCGGCUCGGACAGUAACUUGGACAGCAGCUCGGACAGUAACUUGGACAGUGGCUCGGACAUUAAUUUGUAUCGUGGCUCGGACAGUAACUUGAACAGCGGCUUGGACAGUAAUUUGUACCGUGGCUCGGACAGUAACUUGAACAGCGGCUCGGACAGUAACUUGGACAGCGGCUCGGACAGUAACUUGGACAGUGGCUCUGACAGUUACUUGGACAUUUGCUCUGACAGUAACUUGUACCGUGGCUCUGACAGUAAUUUGUACCGUGUCUCGGAAAGUAACUUGUACACUGGCUCGGACAGUAACUUGGACAGUGGCUCGGAUAGUAACUUGUACAGCGGCUCUGACAGUAACUUGUACAGUGGCUCGGACAGUAACUUGGACAGUGCCUCGGACAGUAACUUGGACAGUGGCUCUGACAGUAACUUGGACAGUGGCUCGGAUAGUAACUUGGACAGUGGCUCGGAUAGUAACUUGGACAGUGGCUCUGACAGUAACUUGUACAGUGGCUCUGACAGUAACUUGCACAGUGGCUCUGACAGUAACUUGGACAGUGGCUCGGAAAGUAACUUGUACAGUGGCUCUGACAGUAACUUGUACAGUGGCUCGGACAGUAACUUGUACCGUGGCUCUGACAGUAACUUGUACAGUGGCUCUGAUAGUAACUUGUACAGUGGCUCUGACAGUAACUUGGACAGUGUCUCGGACAGUAACUUGGACAGUGGCUCGGACAGUAAUUUGUACCGUGGCUCGGACAGUAACUUGAACAGCGGCUCGGACAGUAACUUGGACAGCGGCUCGGACAGUAACUUGGACAGCGGCUCUGACAGUAACUUGGACAGUGGCUCGGAUAGUAACUUGGACAGUGGCUCGGAAAGUAACUUGUACAGUGGCUCUGACAGUAACUUGUACAGUGGCUCUGACAGUAACUUGUACAGUGGCUCGGACAGUAACUUGUACAGUGGCUCUGACAGUAACUUGUACAGUGGCUCUGACAGUAACUUGUACAGUGGCUCUGACAGUAACUUGGACAGUGGCUCGGAUAGUAACUUGGGCAGUGGCUCGGACAGUAACUUAUACAGUGUCUCGGACAGUAACUUGUACCGUGGCUCGGACAGUAACUUGGACAGUGGCUCUGACAGUAACUUGGACAGCGGCUCUGACAGUAACUUGGGCAGUGGCUCUGACAGUAACUUGUACAGUGGCUCUCACAGUAACUUGGACAGUGGCUCGGACAGUAACUUGUACAGCGGCUCGGAUAGUAACUUGUACACUGGCUCUGACAGUAACUUGUACAGCGGCCCUGACAGUAACUUGGACAGUGGCUCUGACAGUAACUUGUACAGUGGCUCGGACAGUAACUUGGACAGUGGCUCGGACAGUAAUUUGUACCGUGGCUCGGACAGUAACUUGAACAGCGGCUCGGACAGUAACUUGGACAGCGGCUCUGACAGUAACUUGGACAGUGGCUCUGACAGUAACUUGGACAGUGGCUCGGAUAGUAACUUGGACAGUGGCUCGGAAAGUAACUUGUACAGUGGCUCUGACAGUAACUUGUACAGUGGCUCGGACAGUAACUUGGACAGUGGCUCGGACAGUAAUUUGUACCGUGGCUCGGACAGUAACUUGAACAGCGGCUCGGACAGUAACUUGGACAGCGGCUCGGACAGUAACUUGGACAGCGGCUCUGACAGUAACUUGGACAGUGGCUCGGAUAGUAACUUGUACAGUGGCUCUGACAGUAACUUGUACAGUGGCUCGGACAGUAACUUGUACAGUGGCUCUGACAGUAACUUGUACAGUGGCUCUGAUAGUAACUUGGACAGUGGCUCGGAUUGUAACUUGGACAGUGGCUCGGACAGUAACUUAUACAGUGUCUCGGACAGUAACUUGUACCGUGGCUCGGACAGUAACUUGGACAGUGGCUCUGACAGUAACUUGUACAGCAGCUCGCACAGUUACUUGGUCAGUGUCUCAGACAGUAACUUGUAA